AUUUGACAGCACAACAAAUUCUGUCAAGUUUACAUGCAUUAUAUUUUUAUUCGUCCGGUGACGUAUUCCACAACUUAAGUUACUUGAAGAGAUUUUACUUGAAAGGUUAUCAACGUUACAGAUUAAUAUUAAAAUGCAUCUGUGGGUUCUAUGCGCGUCUGUUAUUCUGGUGCCUUUGCUGUGUGAUGCGCGGAUCUCUAAGCGUUAUGUGAUCGGUUGUCCGGAGCGCUGCGAUAAGAGUCUGUGUCCGCCCAUACCGGCCGACUGUCUGGCCGGAGACAUCCUGGACCAGUGCGACUGCUGCCCGGUGUGCGCGGCCGGCGAGGGUGAGCCCUGCGGCGGUACAGGGAAACUGGGAGACCCGGAGUGUGGAGAGGGUCUGGAUUGCGCUGUGUCUGAGGGGGUCGGACCAACGACUACCGUGAGGAGGAGAGGAAAGACCGGCGUGUGCGUGUGUAAGAGCCCUGAGGCCGUCUGCGGCAGUGAUGGGCAGUCUUACAGGAACAUCUGCGAACUCAAGAGAGUCAGUAACCGGGCACAAAAACUCCAGCAGCCGCCCAUCAUCUUCAUCCAGAGAGGAGCCUGCGGGGAAGGCCACGAGGAGAAUCCAGAUAGCCUCCGGCACAGAUAUAACUUCAUCGCUGAUGUGGUGGAGAAGAUCGCUCCAGCUGUGGUUCACAUUGAGUUGUUCCGCAAAAUGAUGUUCACCAAGCGGGAAGUGGCGGUGGCCAGCGGCUCUGGUUUCGUGGUGUCUGAAGAUGGCCUGAUUGUAACCAAUGCCCAUGUGGUAGCCAACAAACACCGGGUGAUGGUCGAGCUGAAGACCGGUGUCACCUAUGAAGCCAAAAUCAAAGAUGUGGAUGAGAAAGCAGACAUUGCUCUAAUCAAGAUAGACGCUCCGAUGAAACUACCAGUGCUGUUGUUGGGUCGGUCAGCUGAUCUGAGACCAGGUGAGUUUGUGGUUGCUAUCGGCAGUCCGUUCUCCCUUCAGAACACAGUGACUACAGGCAUCGUCAGCACCACCCAGAGAGGCGGCAAAGAGCUGGGCCUGCGUAACUCUGACAUGGACUACAUCCAGACAGAUGCCAUCAUCAAUUACGGUAAUUCAGGAGGGCCCCUGGUGAACCUGGAUGGUGAAGUAAUAGGAAUCAACACGCUGAAGGUGACAGCAGGAAUAUCCUUCGCUAUUCCUUCUGACAAGAUCCGACAAUUCCUGGCUGAGUCUCACGACAGACAGGCUAAAGGAAAAACAGCCCCAAAAAAGAAGUAUAUCGGUGUAAGAAUGAUGACAUUAACCCCAAUACUUGCUAAAGAGCUAAAGGAAAAGCAGAGUGAUUUCCCAGAUGUCACCUCUGGAGCGUAUGUCAUUGAAGUUAUCCCGAAAACACCAGCUGAAGUUGGCGGUCUAAAGGAGAGUGACGUCAUAAUCAGCAUUAACGGUCAGAGGAUCACGUCAGCCAGUGACGUCAGCACGGCUAUCAAGAAAGACGACAGUCUGAGAGCAGUGGUACGACGUGGCAAUGAAGACGUCAUCCUCACAAUCAUUCCUGAGGAGAUUGACCCUUGACCUCCCUCAUGCUCACCCAUGAGCUGGUUCUCAGACUUUUACUGAGUGUGUCCGGAGCCACACUCAUUCUAGAAAUCAUAGUGAACACUUUCCAGUCCAACCAUCAUCCAACCUGAAUAUUGUUCUCAGCUUAGAACAGGAAAUGUCCUUUUUCAAUUUUCCCCAUAUCUCUCUUGUCUAUUUUCUGUUUAUUCAUUAACAAACCAUGUUAGAAUGAGCCCUUUGCAAAUAAAUAUGCGAAUUUAGUGCUGGCUAGUUCACUAUAACACUCCGAAAUGUAUAUAAUCUCUCUGUUCCAAAACCUAGUAAGCAGCCUAUAGGCAGGAUUUUGUGAUGAGCAGAAUGAUUCCAUUCAAGAUGGUGAAUGAAGAAGGUAAAUGUUGAUUAUAAUCUUAUAUUUUAUUAAUUACUGAAAAGUAUCUUCUAAAAUAAUUCAGUGUAAUUAAAAAUAAUUGUUUU